AUCACGUGAUCGUUAUUGUCGCUCAACCACUUACUUGAACCGGGUGUUUCGAGCUGUUUCGAACCUUUACAAUUUUGUUCCUAUUGCUGCAUUCGCUGCAUAAUUUAACAUAAUCUAAAACUAAUCAAAAAGAUUCUAAACAUUCAUAAGCUUCAUGUAAAUACGAAUCAGAAUUGAAUCGUAUUAUGGCAAAAGGAGGUUAUAACGCAUAAUUACAAAUAUCUUUUUUUUACAAAUAUUUCCUUCUCGAUCUACGACUGUGUAGAAUAGAAAAAAUCACAGAAAGCGAUAUUGUAAGUGACCUAUUACGUACAACUCAGAGAGAGAUUUCAUUGCGUUAUUGUUCGCCAAAAUGUCCGACUCAAGCUCUAAACGAAAACGAAGUUUCGUACAUAAAUUUUUUAAGAAAUACAACGAAACUUCAGUACAAUGUACCUUGUGUCUAAAGGUAUACAAAAAUCACGGAAAUACGACUAAUAUGACUAGCCACCUACGGCGAAUUCAUCCAGGACACAUUGAUUCUGAAGAUAGUUCUGCACAAAAAAAAAUUUGUGAUACGCCAACAUCUAUCAAUCAAGAAUCUGAAGACGAUCCUACACCGGUUGAACCUAAUUCGCCUUCACCAUCAACCUCGACAAGUACACAAUCUAGACGAUCAAGAUCAUGUACCCCAUUGUGUAUAUCAGAAGAAGAAAUCCCUGCCUUAAUUCGCUCAACAUCGCCAUCCAUCAUCGCUCAAAAGCAGCCAUCCAUCAUCAAAGCAUUCCACAAAAUGAAAACAUACAUUGAUGGUGGUAGUAUGGCAUUUAAAAUUACGAACGCCAUCCUGUAUAUGAUAGCAGUAGACAGACAACCAUUCUCGAUAGUCGAAGACAAAGGAUUUAGAAGCCUUUUAAGUAUCGUGGCACCUCUAUAUACUGUGCCGUGUCGUAAAACUAUUACAAAGCGGAUGGAUGAAAAAUAUCUGGACAGAGCCGUUCAAUACUAGAAGUUAUAUUGGUGUCACUGCACACUACAUCAAUUACGAAGCUAUGCAAUUGGAGAACC